GUUACGCGUCGCGCGUGUGAAACAUUGCGGUCACUGACUCAUGUUUCUUUUCUUUAGUUCGACUUUUCUUAUUUUAAACUUCAAAAUGUGUUUUUGUUUUUAUUAAUAUUAGACCAAUGCAUUCAGAAAUCUUUUACGGUAGUGAAGCUUAUUGUGUUGUAAUUUGAAAGCGAGUGAAACUGCAGCGAACAGUUGCACUGCACCUGCUCUGUUUUUUUUUUAUUACGGACGGAAAUACACAACAAGCUCUACCAUGGCAGAAAAAAAGAUCCAAGAGAACCCUCUGCCCGAGCCAGCGGAACCCGCCCAGCCCAAGCCAGAGCCGAAGCCCCGUUUCUGCAUGCCGUCUUUCACAAAAACCCCGCCGCAGGAUUUAUAUAGGCAGCUGUUGCCUGCUAUGCUGUUCUUGCUGACGUUUGUGACAGUUAUGACCAUGUUGCUCACUUAUAUGGACACUUUUGCGAGAGGAGCCCAGCAGUUCCGCCUGAACAUGAGUCGCGACUACGAGCUAAAGAUCCCUCAGGAGUCCGACUACCUGGUCGCGUACGUGCGCCAGUGGCACCUCGGCCCGCGCCCCAACAAGGAGGCGCCGGCGCCCAUCUACACGGCCCAGGCCAAACUCCUGGACCAGCUGCUUGGAGAGGUGUACAACGGCACAUUCGUAGAAAUCCUCCCCCGUGGACACCGCGACCCUACCACCCUGUUUCUCGAGGUUGAACGGGGUUGGAGCGGACUGGCCGUUCGGGCUGCCCCAAGGGAUCAUUUAGAGCUGGGCGGCUCAGCAAGGACCCUGAACGCCUGUCUUAGCCCCCUCGACCAUCCUAUACAGGUUCCCUUCAACGAAUCGGAUGAACACGAUACCUUCUUUAGGUCCCGCGUGCUGUGCUUGCCGCUGUACACGGUGCUGCUCGCGGCGGAGGCGACGCGUGCUCACUACGUACUCCUCGGCGGACCCCCGCACCUACACCAUGUGCCCUUCCACAAGGUGCAGCUGCAGGUAAUCGAAUACCGUUCUAACGAUGCCGGCGCUCGCAAUCAGACAGCGCAGUUCCUUCUCACCAAGAACUACACCGUGGCAGCCACCUUCCCGGAUUCCAUCAUGUUUGCGCUCAACCACUGAGUGAGUUUGUAACUGUCGAAUCGCAAUAAUCGCAUACAUAUGGAAAAACUAAAAGCGAAGGUAAAAAGAUAUCAUUCAUGAAAAAGUUUCGUUGAUCUUAGAAAAAACCUCCUACAACCUUAGGCGAACCCUACACGUCAAUAAAUAUUGUGAUAAUUAUCAUGAUAUUUAUUAUGUAUCUUGGGCCGGAUCACAGCACACCCUACACCAUCAAUACGGAUCGCGUCAGUACGAAGCGUUCUUUGUACGAGGCAGACGUGGUGGACUCUAGACAGAGAAAAAUUAGAGCUUGUUUGGCAAUAACUGUAGCCCUUUCUUUAAACAAACGAGUAAAAAGAAAGCGAUAAAUAUCAAACGCGACACUAUACGCAAGAUAAAUAUCACGAUCCAGGAUCUAGGAUCAGAUCACAAGCAUUUCCAGAAACCCAGCGAAAUAUUGUGAUCCGUCAAUACACUACCCUACACGUCAAUAAAUAUCGUAAACCGUAUAAUUGACGGAUCACAAUAUGGAUCUUGCGUGUAGGGUUCGCCUAAACACCCUCUCCAACUUCUCUGGUGAUGCGGAUGUCCAUAGGCGGCGGCAAUCGCUUACCAUCAGGAUUCGCCUGCUCGUUUGCCUGCUAUAUCAUAAAAAAACACCAAUUAUCCAUUUGUUUUUGUGUUUGGCGAUGUCUCCUGGGUUACCCUCGAAAAGUAUCAGCAAAUAAAUGUUGUCUACUUUAAACGUUGCAGUACCAUACAUGGUUCCUUUAUGUAGCUAUAUCAUAGUUGUCUCCUGGGUCACGGAGCGGAAUAGCAAAAACGACAAGUCUAUAAAAUUCACUCAAUAUUUGUAUGCGAUUCGACGUUAAAACAAUGUUUUGUGAUCCAUAAUAAUAAUAAUAAAUAGUUAUUAAUCUCAAAUGAUAUGAACUAGACAAGGAACAUUUUCUGUCAAGUGCCUUAGGAGUCAAAUAAGAUGGUUUAUACACAUCUUAAUCAAAUCUGUAACUGCACCCAGGUUCAAAGACCAAUUAUUACUAAAAGUUUAGCGUGAAACAGCAUAUGACGCUUGAAAGAUUUAUUUCUAACUGCCUCUAAUGGGUGGUCUAUUUUUUUAAUAAACAUUAACGUCAAAAUUACAGAUUAGUUGGGUUCGACUUCGACGCUAAAAACCUCAAAAUGUAAAAAAUUAAGACUCAAUUUCAACUAUCUAUUCUACAGAUUUGGUUAAAAUGUGUAUGGCACAGUAAAGUAACCAUUUCUGGACCUUACUCUAUACGAAAUAAAGUCUGAAAUGGUCGCUUUUGUGUAACAUAAACAUCCAGCAGCUACGUUGCUCAUUGAUACACUGAUUUACGAUAAUCACAUGUUAAGUCACUUUUAUUGAAUGCACAUUAAUAUUAAUUAAAUCGUGUAAAGUAUCAUGGAGUUAUAAGAUUUCAAAUAAUCGCGUUUAUUAAGAGGAAAGGGGACGUCACGUGACCGCUUCUCCCGUGACAACUGUCGAUAUAAGUUGAGUUCUGCCGUUCUCGAGAACGUUCUCCGGUUAUUAUGGGGAAUAUUCUCUGGCGAGAAUGUUCCCCAUACAAAACAGAGAGUGUUCCCGAGAAGGGCACAACUAUGGAUAUAAGUUAUUGAAAAUAUUAAUAACUCCAUUAGGAACAGUAUGCGGUGAAAAUAGAAUGAAGAGAAAAUUGUCAUUGCCAUUCAUGUUGACAUAUGCCUUGUGUGUCCUUGCCUUAAUAUUUGAACUGAUAAAGUUGAAAUGUUAUCAAAUUAUCCUUUUUAUGGAAAUUUGACAAUCUGGUAAUGACAGUGUCUAUCCAAUUCAAUUGGUGACGUUUAUUCUAUUAGGUGGAUAACGCAAUCCACCAUCCGCCUGCUCAUAAGUCACUCUGGCGGCAGAUUAAAUAAAGCAACACCUAAAAUAUUUUAAUUGUGAUAUUGUGUGAUAUUCCAUGGUACCGCUAAGAAAAAAAAUCUCUUGUCCCCUGGGUUACAAAAUGUUACUUACGAGACAUUCCCUGCUUAAAAUGAACUCAGUUGACGCAAAAGUCGUAUACAUUUUUAAGAAACUUUUCCGUUCAAAUAUUAUAGAUAAAGGCGGUAAAGAGAGACAAUAAUGAUUGUUAGGUUGUGUCUGUCACGGUGUUACUAACAAAAGUUUAAUAAUAGCAUUUUUGCAAAAGUAUUAAUAAAGUAUUGGCUUACCUUAGCUAGGAAUUUUGGCACUUGUACACAAUUAAAAUUUUACACGCAUUUUAGGACACGAACUGAUUCGUUGCGUUUUUCAUACAUUAGUAUUAUUUUAUUGUGAAUUUCAGUGACAGUACGCAGUAAAAAAUACAUCAACUUUAUACCCAGGUUAUAUUUCGAUCAAAAACUCUUGUCUUAUGUCAAAAUUAGUCACUUAAUAUCUUUUCAGUGUUCUUUUCAUUAAUGUCAAGGAAUUUAUUGGAUGUGAAGUUUGCUAAAAUGCAGUUUGUUUCUAAUAACAAAAAAACUACCUACGUAACCAUACAUAAAAUACAAAUAUUAAAUGGUUGAUUUUUGCAACCAAAUCAAAUCAGAGUAUAGGUUAGGCAAUUUUACUGUAGCUGUUACAUGAGUAAUGAAUGAUCAAUAUUGAUUUCCAUCCAAAUCGGUUGUGUGAUUAUCAGACCACAAUGAUGUCCAGUGUUUUUUGGGUGGGUCAACUUUUUUUUGUUAUUCUGUCCCGUUAGCCAGGAGACACUAUUGUCUCCUGGCUAACUACUACUUUUAGCGUAGUUUAGAAAUGUUAUACUACGUUCUACUUAUAUGCUAAGAAAAUGAUCCAUUGUGGAACGGGCUUAUAAUUCUCAUAAAAAUGUAGGGUAGCUGCUAUAGUUAUUGGCCACUCUUAACAAUAAGGCUUCAAUUGGCUUGUUUCUUUCUGAUUUAUUAGGAAUGGCCAAUAUCUAUAGCAGUCACCCUAUGUUUGGUUACUUUAAAUACCAUGGCAACGAGUGCCAAAAAAAGUUUAUCCACCCUUUUAUCUUAAGUAUUUCUAUUUUAUUUAAUCCGUGGUUGCUAUUUUAAUUAUUUUAAAUAUUGUGUCAUUCCAAUUAUGCCGAUUCCUCUCUAUUAUUUAAUUUAAAAGACUGAAUAUUGAAUAUUUUGUUUUAAUAUUGAGAAGUCAAUCUUGGUAACUUUGGAUUUUUGUAUACAUUUUAAAUCGCAUUUCAAAUAAAAACGAUCACAGUUCACAGGACCUAAGAAAGUAAAUAAGGAUACUAAGGGCCACCCCACAUCUAGCGUCUUUCGAGCGUCGGCGUCUACAACUCUAUGGCCUUGCUCGACGCAACGUCGACGCAACGUCGACGCAACUGCGCAGCGACGUCAUUUUCCAUAGCGCUGACCGACGCCGACGCCCGAAAGACGCCAGAUGUGGGGUGGCCCUAAGACCUAUACAGACCGUCUGUAUAGUCACCUGCAAUAAUAUGUUACUCUUCGAAGGCCGCAAAAAUAUGUGACACGCUCUUAUGGCUCUACAAAUAAUAUCGUGUCCGAUAUUUUUGCGGCCUUCGUUGUGUAACAUAUUAUUACAGGUGACUGUACCGGUCCUAAACGUCUAAGCGCCCCUUGCACCAUCUCAGUAACCCGGGGUUAACAGGUUAAACCGUUAACCCAGUGUCAAAUUGUACUGGUAACCAUGGUAACUCCAGGUUUACCCGGUUAUCCCCAGGUUAGUGGGAUGGGGCAAGUAGCGCUUAAUACAUAAGAAAUGUGUUCAAAGUUACCAAGAUUUUCUGUAACAAUGAUCAAUAUUUUUUUACAAUAUUUAAGUGGAUUUAAUGAUUAUUAAUGAUAUAAUUAAUUAAUGAACUCAGAAUAACGAUUAAGUGAUCACGAUGACAAUGAACGGUUUUAUCGAUUAAAUUAUAAUUUUAGUUCAAUUGAUAAUUUUAAGAUUUUUGUGUUAGGCUUAGUUUUAUGCGCUCAAUUUUUCUCAAAUAAAUGGCUUUAAUGAAA